AUGUUUGUAGCUAGUAGUCGAGCUGGUUUUCGUGGGUUGUAUCGUGGUAGGAGUAUGUAUCUUUGUGUGGUAUUAUUGGCUCUGGUGGUGGCACGAUUACUAACGGAACCAGGAGCUUACCAGUGGCGAUAUUGGAGCCAGCGGGGAUUUUUCUCGGGAUCGGCAGGUACUUCUCAGCAUACCGGGGGCUCCUCCGGAUAUAGCUACAAGUAUGCGGUAGCGUACCAGGCCAAAGACCGAUCAGAUGGUGUGUACGCGGGAUUGUCAAAGCUAGACUCGCCCACUGGAGAAGACAACUACUUUGUGGGCGCCAGAAGUGAACACGACGUAUUUGCAGGCGUGGCAGACGGUGUAGGUGGGUGGGUGGACCUCGGAUUUGAUUCGAGUGCCAUCAGCCGCGAGCUGUGUGGGUCAAUGCUGGACAUGUCAACAGCGCAAAGCAAGUCCUUGUCACCCAAACAAUUAAUAGACGCGGCAUACAGGAAGAUCAAAAAUGACGGAUCCGUUCAAGUUGGUGGGACGACGGCCAUUGUGGCACAUUUCCCACCCAACGGAACGCUUAAGAUUGCAAAUCUGGGGGAUUCGUGGUGUGGGGUCUUCCGCAACAACAAGCUGGUUUUUCAAACCAAAUUUCAAACUGUGGGAUUUAACGCUCCUUACCAGCUGGCCAUCAUCCCGGAACAGUUGGUUCGGGAAGCGGCGAAGAAGGGUAGUUCUUAUAUUCAAAACAGUCCGAGCGAUGCAGACGAGUAUCAAUUCCAACUCAAGAAAAAUGACGUGAUAAUGCUGGCAACUGAUGGGGUCACAGACAACAUUGCCACGGGCGACAUGGAGCUGUUCUUGAGCAACAGUGCCAGUGGCGAAGAUCUUCAACACAUUAGCCAAAAAUUUGUAAAUCAAGUGGUCCAACUCAGCAAGGACACCAACUUUCCUAGCGUAUUUUCACAGGAGAUGUCGAGGCUUACAGGAAAACGUUAUCUUGGUGGCAAAGAGGACGACAUAACUGUAGUAGUUGUUAAAGUAGAAUAA